AUGGACGCCUGCCCAGAAAUCUCCAUCUACGUCAAGUGCCCAAUCCUUAAAGGCGUCCUGGGCACGCAGUUGGCUUUGUCCCUGCUAUCAAUGGUAGUCAUGGUCCUGACUGCACGUCGAAUCUUCCACUCUGCCUGCCUGGAUGGGGCAUUCAAGGAGUACAUCGUCCACUGCUACGUCAUGCUCGUCAUUGAGAAUUUGGCUGGGAUCGCGUUGAGCGUAAUCCUCUUCACGCUGUUCUUCUUCUGGCCCACCUGCCAGGCUACCGUACCCAACUGGUUCUGCAAUUCGUUAAAAUUUAUCAAAGGGAUGCCAAUGUUCGGAUUGCCCCUCAUCGGCUUCUCUUUGACCCUACUUCGGGUCCUCACAUUCAGCGCAAAUUUCCGAAAUCCAGCGGCCGAAAAAUUGCUGCAUCGAUGCUUGGCGUUGAUAUGCACCCUGGUCAUCCUCGGCGAGCAGUACUGGAAGUACUACGAAUUCGAGUGGUCGAGCGAACCGACAGCGUACUGCACAGCCGCCAGCAAGAUGUUUGCCACGAAGAAUAACAUCGAAUCCGGGACGGUUAUCGUUGUCGAAGUCGCAAACAUCAUGCUCGGCUGGGUGUUACUCGUCUCCACGAUGCGUCUAUUUCUGCCGUAUUCCGUAUUCCAUUUGGCCGCUUUUCUUUUGUCGGCUAUAAGCACGCCGAUUUUGCAAUUCGUCUUUGUCGGGAUGCCCGAAUCGGAAUAUUCGACGACUGUUGGAUAUUUCUUUGUAAGCAUGAAGGAAUUGUGGAUACCG